AUGAGCAUACCUUUUAAAUUAAUUUAUAAUAGCGACAGGGUUUCAAAUGUACUUCCUUCAGACAAACGUAAUUUUAAUAUAAUUCGCGGUGUAAAUUUUGGAAUCAUCUUAGAUUAUAUUGAAAAAAGAAAUGUAAGUGGUAUUAUAUCAUGGAUAAAUGGAUAUGAAAAUAAAUUGACAGAGCAUUUAAAAGAAUAUAAUCAACUGAAUAAUAUUGAUCAUGGCAAAUAUUGUACAAAUUUAAAUUCCAUACUAGAUUAUAUAGUGCAAGGAAUCAAUAAUCUAAACAUGUCUGAAGGUUUUCGUUGGAUUCAUAAAGUUGAUAAAGGUUGCAUAGAUGCUUUAAAAAAAUAUCCUUCAUUAAGCUGCAGUAGAGAUCUUUACAGUUAUAAAGAUAAAAAUUUAUUUUUUAAGAAAUUAAUGCUUGACUUAUGUGAAGAUAUUGAAUAUUUUAUGAAGGAAAAAAAUUCUCUAAAGAAAUAUAAAUGUAAAAAAAUUAUAUCUCGCCUAAAAUAUAGAAAUGAAACUCUCAUGAAAUUCUUUCGUGCAUUUUACAAUAAAAGUAUUUUUAAGCUUAAUAACCAAUGUUCCAUUGAUUUUAUACACAAAAAUAUAAGUAAUAUUAACUGUAAUAAAGCAAAACAACAAACAAAUGCUACUGUAGCCCCCUCAUCUGAUAGUGCAGAUACACGGGUAGAAGUAAAAAUAAAAGAACCAACGGAUGAAGAAGCAUAUGAAACAGAAAAUUCGCAAGAUACCGGCCAUCAUGAUGGUUUGGGCGUUCCUGGACCAGAUGAUCCUAACCUGGAAGAUCUGAAAAUUGGUCUUCAGUUUAACGAGGAUCCACCUAAGCUAGAUACCACCUAUGCUGCUGCUUCGCUUGCAGGAAUUUCCCUAUUUGGUACCAUAUUAUAUAAGGUAAAGUAUCAUUACAUAAGCGAAAUAUUAUGCACAAUUUUAUAUUUCAUGUUAAUACAAUAUUAA